UGGCGGUAACUUAUUGUUACCCAUACACAAACACGUACAUGUACAUGUUAUUAAAUUACACAUGACGCUGCUUGGAAUAUGCGAACAUGGCCGCCAUUUGCCUACAAUUUGGGACUAGGCCUUCAGAGCGAUAGAAGUAACAAAGUGCCAUUUUGAUCUUAAUUACCCAGGUCUUUGAAUCUGAACUGGAAGAGCCAUCAAGCAACGACCAUGGCUCCACCUUCACAUAAUUCAUCAGCACCAAAAAUCAUGGUGUUUCGCCCAGACCUGGAAGAAAUGAAAGACUUUUCAGCCUACAUUGCACACAUGGAGUCUAUGGGAGCGCAUAAAGCUGGAAUUGCCAAGAUCAUCCCGCCAAAGGAAUUUGUUGCUGCAUAUGACUAUGAAAAAGCAGAGAACAUCACCAUCCCAGCCCCGAUUCAGCAGGAAGUCAUGGGUCACCAAGGACUCUACACUCAGUACAACAUUCAAAAGAAGCCGCUAACUUUGAAGGAGUUCAGGAAACUUGCAAACAGUAGCAGGUAUGCUACACCUCCACACUUUGACUAUGAUGAUCUGGAGAGGAAAUAUUGGAAGAACAUUACCUACAACCCACCCAUCUAUGCUGCUGACAUCUCUGGUUCAUUGUAUAGUAAAGGCUGUAACAUCUGGAACAUCAACAAGCUGAACACAUUGCUGGAUGUUAUUGAGGAAGAACAAGGUGUGAAAAUUGAAGGAGUUAACACCGCGUAUCUGUAUUUUGGUAUGUGGAAGACAACAUUUGCCUGGCAUACAGAAGACAUGGAUCUGUAUAGUAUUAACUAUCUGCAUUUUGGAGCUCCGAAGUCAUGGUAUGGAAUUCCACCGGAGCAUGCCAAGAGGCUAGAAAGACUUGCAGCUGGGUUUUUUCCUCAGAGCUUUCAGAUUUGCCCCAAUUUCUUGCGGCACAAGAUGACUUUAAUAUCACCACAGAUACUGAAGAAAUACUCCAUCCCAUAUGACAAGAUCACACAAGAAACAGGAGAAUUCAUGGUUACCUUCCCUUAUGGUUACCAUGCUGGCUAUAAUCAUGGCUACAACUGUGCAGAGUCUACCAACUUUGCUUCACUUCGCUGGAUUGAUUUUGGAAAGAGGGCAAAAUGUUGUUCCUGUCAGAGGGACUCAGUAAAAAUCAACAUGGAACCAUUCGUCCGAAUAUUCCAACCUGAUCGCUAUGAAGCCUGGAAACAGGGUGAAGACAUAGUCUACAUCGAGGAUAUUGACAAACCUAGCAGCGGAAUCCAAUCACAAAACAUAAUGGAGUACAAUAGUCCUAGAAAAUCUAAGAGUGAUGGACUUCCACUCAAGACACGUCGUCAACCACUCCACAAGAAGGAUGGGAGAAGAAUCAUGACGGGAACAACAAAUCAACGGAAACGCAACCACAAAGAUAUGAAUACAGAGAAUGAGGAGUCCCGGAAAGACACAACACUCAUGAUGCAGCCAGAACAUCCAUCACUUUCAACUGUUGUUGUUAACAUUGGAGGUGAACUUCCUUUAGAAACCGCCCCAGCAGUUUCUCAUAGUGAUAUGCCAGAACUCCAAAGUAGCUCAGAAGUGACUGUUCAAGGGAUUACUGUGCUUCAUGAUGAGGAACCUAAGCCUAAAAUACCUCGAACUGAGAUGUCUCCACUGCCAACCCCUUUUCCUUCAGUGAACAGUACUCAAAAAGUAAAGAAAAAGAAAUACAAGUCCAAAAAGGAGGAACCAAAAUUGAAGAAAAAACCUUUACAUAAACAUAGUGAAACUAGGACUGAGCAUCUAGACUCUGAGAGUAUUAAUGGAAAGAAAAAAAAGAAACUUAGUGCAGAGAGAUCCAAAACUCAACAAAGUAAAGUUAAGAGAGAAAAGAAACCAGCUUUGGAUAUGCCAGUGACUGCAUUGUUCGACCUGCAUGGCCAAAGUGAAAGACAUACUAAUGGAUUUGCCUGUAAUGAUGGUCUCCUGAAAGUAAGUUGUAAAUUUCCACAACAAAAGACAAAAGUAAAGUCAAAAAAAACUGGCCUACUGCUGGAACAGGAGCAAUUAAAAAGGAAGAAGAAACUGAAAUCCCAGAAAGCUGCACUGCUGAAGCUUAAAGAUGGAGUCAAAUGGGAACAUGCAUACAGCAGCAGUCUUGGCAAGAACAGCAGUUUAAAAUUGCACAAGAGCAAAUCAAAACAGGAGAAAAUCAAGCUGAAUACACUUUUCGACAAAUCUAUGAAGACGCAGACAAAUGCUGUUGUGCAAGAACAAUGGGGAAACUCAUCAACAGAGAAGGCUGCUACAGAAGUUCAACGUGAAGGGAGUAAGCAAGAAUUGACAUCUAAGACAACAGUCAAAACAACAGGUCAGAAUAGCACUGAGUUUGCAGCAAAGAGCAGAGCAGCAGGGAGGAGUUGCAGACCAAAGGGCAAAGCAAAACAUGAUUUUACAUCACAAGAGUUUGCCACAAUGAAAGCCUGGGCACGUUCCAUGAAUGGUUUGUGGGUCACACAACCUCAUAGCUAUGAUAUGGAACUUGCUUACAACUUAUCCAUGGCUGAUCAGAGACCAGGCUGCUGUGUCUGUAUGUUGUUCUACAAUGAAAAGCUUGAUGGUAAAGACUGGGAUAGCAGUAAUACAACGUGCAGCAGUGUGGCUGAGGAAGACGCUUCCACUGAUCAACGUACGCUUGUUUUGACUCCAGAAAUGUGUUUUGCUGCAACUAGUGAGAACCGAUUCCCAGAAUGCUACAAUGCAGCAUUAAGUUCUGAUGGACGAAGUGCAUUGCUGCAUUGUAGCCAGUGCAAGAUUGCUGUACAUGCAAGUUGUUAUGGGGAGACAGGGACUAAGGCUGACCUAUGGAAAUGCAAACGUUGCGAAGAACAAGACUAUCUGGCAGAAUGUUGCUUAUGUAAUCUUCGUGGAGGGGCUCUGAAGCGAACCACAAACGGCCGUUGGGCACAUAUUGUGUGCGCUAUGGCUAUUCCAGAGGUGAUAUUUGAGAAUGUACGAGCAAGAGAGCCCAUCAACAUAGACAAGAUAGCACCUGCAAGAUUAAAACUGAAAUGUUUCUUCUGCCGACCUUUCAUCAAGAUGGGUAACAAGUUUGGUGGUUUAAUCCAGUGUUCAGUAGGCAAGUGUGCCUUGGCAUUCCAUGUAACUUGUGCCCAAGCAGCAGGAGUGGUGAUGGAACCAUGUGACUGGCCGUACGCAGUGUAUGCUACCUGCGUCAGACAUCCCUACUCUGAUAAGAUGAGAGACAAUCCUCGUGACUACCCAUUGAAGGAUGUCAGUGUGGGUGAAACAGUCAUAGCCAAACACAAGAACAGUCGUUACUAUCAUUCAGAGGUGAUUAGUGAACACCAGCAGGCUUUCUAUCAUGUCAGGUUUGAUGAUGGUUCUUACAGUGAUAACCUUUAUCCUCAAGAUAUUGAGAGUCAUGACUGCACAACUGAUGGCCCACCAAAUGAAGGUGUUGCAGUUAAAGUGCGUUGGACGGAUGGCCUUAUUUACAGUGGCACCUUUGUCAAAAGCUACAUAGUCAAGAUGUACGAUAUAGAGUUUGAGGAUGGUUCGGUAUCAAGGGUCAAACGUGAAGAUGUUUACUCCCAGGAGGAACCACUGCCUAAAAAAGUUACUACAAAACUGUCAGCAGCUUCAGACAUGCGGCAUGAGAACUUCUGGGAAAACAAGGUUGUGACGGAACGACAUCGUCAUGUUUACAGCCUGUAUGCCUCUAGUGGGUCAGAACCCGAGGACAAAACAUCUAUCAAUGUGGCAGACGACUUAGCAGGAGACUCAAGUACAGAUGUCAUGCACAAGGAGAGAACCCUAACACAGUCAAGUGAACAUUUUGAGGACACUGUUGAGCAACCACAGGCUGUACAAAGACCGCGCAAGGAAUGUUCCACUGUUGACCAAGAGGCACCAGGAAGAAAAGAAAACAGCGUGAAUCAAGCAGUCAAUCCAGCCGAGAGAGACGUGAAGCCAGAUUUUUCCCAUAUUACAGUCUUCCCAGAAUAGAGUAAUGGAUACUACAAUGCACACAAUGUGCAUACAGACUGGUGCCAAGUGUCAUGUGGUGUAUCUGUCUGACCUGUGAACUUUCUCAGAUAGUUUGUAUGGAUGUACAUGUAUGGAUGUACUGCUGAGUGUAGUCUGAAGUAGCUUCACACACAUCAGCUUUCAGUGAAGUAGCUCAUUUUGCUGUUACUCAGUUCUCAGUUAUUUAUUGCUAUUAUUACAUUCUAACAGUUACAGAUGUCAACCUCAAUGGGAAACUAUUCGUAUGAAUAUUGUGUACAAAGAAAGAGAGAAAAGAUAAUGUCAUUUUGAUAUGCAUCCGAAAUGUUCUGUUAACUUUCAAACCUUUUCACACUUGUAUGUGCCAGCAUAUACCAUUUACAGAUGUGUUUACUGAGUUGAUGGACAUUGUUAAUUGUACAACGGACAUUGAUAUUGUUCAUCCAAAGAAUGGAUUUCAGUUUUCUUUGCUGUAUUUGCCAAGUUCCUCCUUAUUUUAUAGCUUCUUCUCAAAUAAAAAUGAAAAGUCUGGCGAGCUAGUUCAGAUGUAAUUAAAGUUGCUCUGUACUAUAUGCAGAUUUCACAUUUAAAUUUGAAAGAGCCAUCUACAUUCCCUAGGACACAGUAGGGUGUUGCAUAAACAAAAGGUUGGUCAUGCUGAAAUCGCAGCGGAAGUUAACUGGGCCUUGGAAGUAUGCAAAGCAUAUACUGUGUCGCCUAAACCUUCUGCAUUUUUUAGCACUGUGCAGUGUAUUAUAAUGUGCAUUAUGUUUGUUUCGUUCUCAGAACUUGUCACCUACAGCAUAAAGCUUUACGUACCACAGUUUCUUGCCUUAAGGUACCCAGUGUGGCCCAAAUGAUCCAUGCAGUUUAAGGCUGCCAUCCAGAUAGGUAGGGGGAGUAGUGAAUGAAUUCUGCAGUGAGGAAGAACUUGCGAAGUUUACUUGUAAGAAGCAAAUUAAGAAUACUGUGGUCAGAUUAUACCUUGUUUUGUUUUUGUCUGCACUGUGGGCUCCUCAGAAUGAUAGGCUUUGCCACAAAGUAAAACUAAUCCAAUAAUCACCUGUGAAUGUUCAAAAACUUGCUUUGGUUUGAGUCAAUUGACAAAUUGAAGGUGCAGUUCACCAUUUGCAUUAUCCAAAAAGUAACCGACAUUGUUUAGACGUAAACUCAGUUGAAAGAUGAUUAUAGGUACAAACUCACUGUAAAUUUAUCCUUUCUGGUAAGAUGUUGCAGUCCACUCUCUAAUUCUGUUCUAACAAAAUACUGUUAAGUAAGAUUUGAUGCUUUGCAUGGUUGAAGUUCCAUGAGCUGUAGGUUUGCAGGUACAACAUGGAAUCAGUCUGUUCAGAACAGGUAUGGUUCUGAGAAGAACUGGUAUCAACUCAACACUGUUACAAAGAGUAAAUUUUGUGAAUCCCGAUUGUUUGUUAUUCUACUCUUAUAACAAAGUCCUGGUUGUAGCAAAAUAAUCAGUUUGGUCCCUGCAACCCUAGAACAAGAAUUGACAGUAUAGCCAUUUCCAAGCAGCAUCCAAUGACGCAUUUUUGGAAUUGUGUUGAUACUUGUGUGUGUUUACUGCAAUUUGCUAGUUCAAUGCGUAGCCGCAUUCAACUGAAUGUGAUAACUUGUCCAAGAUGCUGAAUUCAGGUGCAAUUCAAAACAUGACUUGACAACUUUCGAUCUGAAAUCGAAAUAUUAUAAUAUUGUUCUUCUUGCAAUAUGCAUUGUCCACUGAGCUGAAACUCUAUCGGGGAUGUUUUUAGGUACCCUUCUUUAGAUUUUGACUAAUUUUGUUGCCUCAAAAACACAAUAUACAAAUGACAAAUGAUGAACUCCGCCUUGACAUCACUGAAAUGUCAUGGCUACUUAUUUUUGUAUAUUUUAUGUACCCUUUGUUAUUGUUAAUGAGAGUGUUGAAGUAGUCAGAAGGAACAUUAGCAAGCUUAAAGUUCACUGUUGAAUUUAAGACUCACAUUGCAGCUUGGAUUCAUUUUCGGAUUAUUAUAUCAAUUUGUAUUUGUAAUGCUCUGAACAUUAUACCACCAUGUAGUGUGACUGACUUAGUACUGUAAUGGAAGCUAGUUUAAUCAUACAUGUGUUUAAAGUAAGAGCCAUGUCUCACAACUCAGUUUUUGCAUCACUUUGCUGAUAAUAGUUUGCCAUGACUGGCCUCACAAACUUCGGAAAAAGAUCAACUUUCUAUAAUCUCAUGAGUUGGUGCCUCUUGUUAUAUCAGCUGUAAAAAGCAGAGUGACACAUAGUGAUAUCAACUUCCCUUGGGCAAACCCUCACUAAAAAUGCUUCAUGUACAUCCGCCAAUGUCUUAAAAGUCCUUUGCAUAUAUCAGCAAUAUUUCGACAGGAUCUCCUUAAAUUGAAUUCAAUCUUUGUUGACCCGCAUGUGGGGUCAAAGGUCACCUAGUGAUUGCUAGUUGGCCAGUUACUUUUGGGUCAAGCCCCACAUGGAUCAUUCACAGAAUUGGCCAGUGGUCACCUGAUGGUUAGUUGGGGUAAAACAUGUUUUUGCCAAAAUUUGUCAACUGACGUGAACAACUUUUUGUCAGUUACAUGCUUAGCCCAUUUCCUGUUCAGCAUUCUUUAGUAGAUGUCAGGUAGUUAGUCACUAAGUGAGUACGAAGGGAGGGGAGAAGUUCCCUACAUGUGUACACGCAUGUGAUAGCCUAAAUGUACUGUGGACAACCUUUGAUGCGUGUGUGUUGCACCAUGUACAUAUGUACCAGCAUUAUAUAUACAGCCCGAUGCUCUUCUCGCUAACAAUUUACAACACACGUGAUGUGACCAUGCCCCUCAAGAUCCUGGUUACAAUCAAUGUUACAGCCCACUCACCGAGUCAGCUACCCGACAUGGUACACACGUGUGACUAGACUUGUGAUCUGCCUCUAUCAAAAGCAAAGAUCGUAUAGCGCCAAAGGCGCAAGAUGGAUAACUCUGCCCAAAUGGUGUAAUUACCAUGAGCGCCAUAUGAGCAAGGGAAAUGCCUGUGCGGUUUAUGGUAAUGCUUAAGCGCAGGCUCACCAGGUGCACUUACUGCCGUGGCGCCUUCACCUGUGCAUUAAUGUGCAUCAUGCCAGCAUAUGGCUUGCUCAAAUGGCGCCUAUGCGUUUAUAACAUUUUACGUGUAUUCACGGUGAAGUUUGUGCCACUUGUUUGUGCCAUCUUGUGCCACUACUUGGCGCUAUAUGAUCUUUGAUCAAAAGCCACCAAGUGGGGCAGUAGGGCUCAAUUUGUUUUAUUUUGUAUUAUUUACAAAUUUGGAAUUUUUUUGUAUUUGCAUUUUUUUAAAUGAUUAUCUAAUAUUCUUUUUCUAUUUCAGCCAACUUUUAGCCACUUUGGUGCUGUGUUUGUCAUUUCAGACCAACCUUUCCAAAGGUUGUUGAGGCUGAUAUCCAUGCUUCAUGAAGCCUACUAGCUCUAGGUGUCAGUUGUUUUUGGCAUUUACUUCAAAAUUAAAGUUUAGAAGAGCCGAAAGGCUAUAUUAGCAUGCUCAUUUUCAGUGUGCCUCAAGCCAGCAUGUGCAGUUGGGGAAAGUCUUCAUUGAAAUCAUACAGUGAUGAAAUCCAGCAAACAGGUGUGGAUACGAAAGAGACCCAAACUUAUGUGCUCUGUGUAUGGAAAGUCUGCAUUGUGCCUGGAACCGUUUUGGGAGACUAAAUUAAAAAGAAUUAAAUGAAAUUAAAACAGUUAAUUUAUUGGUAUGAAUAUCUUGAGUGAAUGUGAUUAAUUACAUAUUAUUUUUAUUGCGUUUAUUUAUUUGUUUUUAUAUUUGUUCAUCCAACAGCACACUUAGCACCAAUUACAGGAUAUGAUAAUGAGUGAAUAAGUGAGUGAAGCAAUUUUGAAGCAAUUUAGCGAUGGGAUGAUAAAUGUUUUGGGGAAACCGACCGACUCGGGCAGGAACUGAAAACCCAAUCCACAUGUGGACCAAGCCGGAUUCGAACCCAGGCCCUUAAGGUAGAAGGCAAGGAAAGACACACUAUGCCAACCUUACUCUCCUUGUCAUUAUCUUCAAGAAUUUUUUUUUUUUAUUAUCGUAAACAUCAUUUCCUUUUGUUUUUCUUUUGGUUGGCUGGAUUUCUUUUGUUUUUAGUAUUUUUAGUACCCUGAAGAGGUAUGUGUUGUGCUCUGCACACCAAUCUCUGUGAAAUGUACAUGUAUAAAUUAACUGUAUAUGUUGUUUGUGUUUAACAGUUUUGCAAGUUUUGUUCCUGCUUAGUGUUAAUUGGUUUUAAGUGUCUUAUUUGUUUGAAUUGUAUAGCAACCUUACACUUACUGAACUUUAAUUCUUUGAUACAGUCUUGGUGACAUAAAAAUUGAGUUUGAAUGUGGUCAUAAAUGUCUUUUCAGUGCUCUGGAUAUUGAUCCAAAAAGUGUUGGUUGACCUAUAGCUGAUUUCUAUGGGUUUUGUUGGAGAGAAUAAAAUGAUUAGGAGUGAUAAACUUAAACCAGCCUUAAUCAGAAUGUGUUAUGGUCUAAAAUACAUGUAGUUCCCAGUUAAAAAAAAAGUUUAUAAAAGGAGGGUCAAAGUGCCUAAUUUGGUGCACUUAUUUCAUAUGUGGAAGGGGCCAUGCUGAAUUUUUGAGAUAACUGGCCUGUAGACCUGUUUUACCCUUUUUGUUCCUUUUUAGGUGGGGAAAAAAGAGCAAAAUAGAAAAACAAAUUGAUUUUAGUUUAACCAGUACUCAAGUAUUCCACUGGAUAUGUGAUAAAUUUACCAUGUGCAAUAUCAUCUCUGAGUCAGAGAAUCACUUUUAAAGUUUCAAGAAAGUGUCACAAAAGAUACCAAAGCAACGUUGGCAGUUUCUGGAACUAACAUACAGGUUAUCCAAGAAUUUUUAGACCCAAAAUAUCCUAAUUAUUUACACCCUAUAGGAAACUGUGCCAUACUUUUAGCUUUCGUAAGAUUUUAUCACAAAAAUUGGUUUGACCAAACUUUAAAAUACACUUGAUUGCGUAACAGGUGGUGGAGAUGUAGUUUGAGUAAAGUAGUAAAAAAAAAAGGAUUACCCUAAUUUACCUAAGUUGACAAGACAAAACAGUUGUCUUUCCUUUGUUUCUUUUCUGUUUUCUUUUUCUUUGUGAACUGUCACCGUGGUAUGGGUCUUCAAUGGCUGUUUUCAGAACCAUAAUUGAUACACCCAUGAAAGCAUGGUGAUAAUAGUAAUACUUGAUUCGGCAUAAAUGACAGACGUAAUUACAAUGAAUAAUAUAAAAUAAAAAUUGUAAAAACCAUAGACAAACGCAAGAAGGAAAACUCGUAUAUAGUUAGGGCUGCCAAGGAGAAUUUUAAAAAAGUGCAGAUAUCGCCACAGUCUUCACCACCUCACAAUUAGCAAUGUUUUCUUUCCCCCUCCCGUACUCUCUCUCCCUUCCCUCCCUCUUCUCCCCAUCCCCCUUUCUCUCUGUUGUCCUCUUUUCUCAAAUUACUGCAUGCUGAUGUAUUUGGGAAAGCCAGUUUCCAAGGGAACCCUGCUCCCACAAACCCACCCAGACUAUACACCAAUCAGUACACAUUCUUUCUGACAGCUUUACCAUAAACACCAUGAUUGCAUUACCUAUACUUAAAGCAUCCAUUAAAUUUAAUUAGUACGACCCCAUCCUAGAGAGUUAAGUUUUUGCUAAGUGAAGUACCCCAUUAAAGAUGCUUUUAAAUUCUAGUAUUUUCCCUAAACAGGAAAGGAAACUGGGUUUCACCGAAGUGCAGACUCUUGUCUCCCACUGGCUCAUUAGGUAGAUAGUUUACAUAUAAUCUAAAUACUGUACCAACAGCUUAUACGUAGUCGGGUUUUGUUCAUCACAUCUCUGUAUCCAGUUUAUCCAGAACUGAGUAUAAAUCGUGUAGGGAUAAAAUGAAUCAUUUAGGGUCAACAAAUAUUCAGAGCUUGUAUCUUCAAACGGUUUAAUUUGGCAGUGUUUUAGUAAUGCAGAACUGAAAGAAAGGUGUGUUGCCCCGAAGCUGCUGUGUUCUUAAAAAGUAAUUUACAAUUGUUUGCAGAAGUACUAAAAUGCCACUUCCUACACAGUCAAGUGAAACUUUAGUUUGGCUUAACAGUUUUCAUAAUCGAUAAAGCUACAAGUAUGGUAAAGAUGAUUAUUUCAAAAAUCAGAACCUGUCUUAGUCAUUUUAAUGGUUAGAAAGUAAUAAAUAUCUUGCAUUUUGGGGUUUUAAACAUUCUGGGACAACCUGCAGCACAAUAGUGCAGCUGAGCUUGCAUCUAUGCAAACUAUCGCACAUUUGGUGGAACAAAAAAGGGAGUGGAUUAUAUGUUCAGAGAAUGAAAAGAUUUCUUCUGGCAUUCAUUUGUGAACCAAAACCUGUUCUCAGUUCUUAUUUUCAUUGUACAUCCAUACAUGUCACCAGUAUGCAUAACCUUCAAUGUUUUUUUAUUUCCCUUUCACCCCUAAUCUCUUGUGGACAUGAAAUGCUAUAAAAAUGCAAGUGAUUGGGUUUGUUGCUAUGUGGCCUUUUUCCCUUUGCAAAAAGAAAAACAUGAAAACAUUUGUUGACCUGAAAAUGAAAGUGUGGUUUAAAAAGUCUAAAAGCUUUUAAUUGAAUUAAGGAAUAGAUCUUUAACGACAUCACACUUUGUUUUAUGUGUGUGUGUGUUCUUGAGGGAGUGAUGUGCGACAUUGUACAUGUACAUCAAGCUCGUGUAGGAAAGAGCACAUACAAAGAAAGCAAGGUGUCAUGUUUUAGGUCUGUUUGUGUAUUCUUGAACCUUUAUGGCGUUCUUUUUACAAGUCAACUGUAACUUGUGCAUGUGGUUUUUCACUCAACAAAAUGAUGAACUUUUUAGACCUUUUGAACUAUUUCAUAUAUUUUUGUCUGAAAUAGUUGCUUGUUGUAUAUAUAAUUCCUCUCAAGCGCUCAGUACAGACUGUAAUUCUGUGGUUAGUCAUGAAAAUGUGGAGGCCAGGAUAAUAACGCAGGGUACUAAAUCUGCGUUUUGGCUGUUCUAGGUGGGAUUUAUUUGUCGCAGAUAACAUUCAUUGGACACUUACAUGUCUUCCUAGGUUGGUCAUGUACACGGUUGACCUGCAGUAUCCAUCGAAGGUGCAGAAAAAAAUCUCAGGAUAUUGUAUCACAGACACAAUGUAGGUGUAUUGAAGCUUUCUUUUACCGAUAAUGUAUUGAAUUAUCUUGUACCAUUUUCUGAUAGCAAUGUAUGAUGGAUGGUGCAUAAUGCACGCUGUAUCUUGUAAAAUAAUACUUCAUUUUCGUAGCUGUUUUAA